AUGUCUCUGAAAUGGGAAAACCAAACUAUAAAUGAUACCCAAUCAUGUGUUUCCACCUGCCUGUUAGUCAAAGGCGUACAGACCAAAGAAAUGCCCACGCUGAAAAGAAAAGGACGCAAAACUGUUUCUUCGACGAUGUGGACGCCAACGAAAAGCGUUGUUGUCAAGCCACCAGACUUUGAAGUCAAGGGUACAUGCUUCGAGCUGGAAAAAGACCCAGGCGCAGAAAUGGAUGGUUCAAUUUUACAGUCGGAAUUGAAGGUUCAAGAGGAAAAGAAAAACGGUUCUACAAGGACAGAAAAAUGUAGUGAGCAAGACAUUUGUCCACAGGAGAGAAAUGGCCGGGAAGAAGGCAACGAGGGAAAAAUACUGUUAGCCCUUCUGGAAUCAUCGCUAAACCAAAAGCUAAAUCCCGAAUAUAUAGAGAUUAUACCAAGCCGCUUGAACCGACAAACUGAAAUAAAAUCACACAAGUUGGGCCCUUUAUCUCCACGGCCAAUAAUCAAGGACGAAAUAUUACCAAAGGAAUUGAAAUUUGGAAUUCGAAAUCCCAAAAAGUUGAUAUCGGCCUCAGCAUUCAAACGCCUGGAAGAAAAUCGGCCAAAAACAGCGUUUAGUUUCCACAAAGGAAGGCUUGAACCGCUGCUUCCUCGAGAAAAACCAGCAGUAAAUUUACACAAGGAGCUCGAGUUAGAGGAGGCUAGGGCGAGGAGAGAAACACGCUGUAAUUGA